AUGAAAGAAGGGAUUCGAAACUCACGCCUACGUUACCGACCGAAGGUCCGAGACGCUGCCGCAUAUGCCAAGGAAUGCAAAAUUAGGUGGGCCGGACUCGUGAUGCGUUUCAACUACAAUCGUCAGACCAGAGCCGUAAACGAGCGGAUACCUCGCAACAUCAAACGCACUGCAGAAAGACCGCCGACCCGAGGGUCUUUACGAAACCCUUCAAAGAAAAGUACGACGCUCUUCAAGUCCCUCGAGAUGCCAUCGGAAGAGAUGCAACCGAGAAAUCUGAAAAAAACUUGA